UAUAAACAAUGACGUCACACAGGAGGCCGUGGAGUCUGGCUGACCUACGAGUAUUUUAGGCCGUAAAAAAUCUGAGCAGUGAAAGUGAAGUGAAAAAUGCAAUAGUAGAAAAUAGCAAAGCACAUCGGCAAGGAAAUCCAGAAGGAGUAGAUCCAUAAGUAGACCCAGGGAGAGAAAAGGACAUGCAAUGCUUAAGUAAGUGACGUAAUACUUAAAGGAAGGAAAGAGGGACGCAAGGAGGAGGAGGAAGAGGGCGUCACAGGUUAAAAGAGGAAGAAGAAGAGGAAGGAGGAAGCAGGUUAUUUUAGUCAGUAGUAACGAUGGACGACCAGCUGGAGGGCGAGGUGCUCUGUGAGGUGUUCUGGGCUCACGUGCACCUGAUGGGCCGUUACCUGGCGCUCACCUCAGCAGGCCUGGGGGAGAUGGUCACUCUGGGCCCGGGGGAGACCCUGAGGGGGAAAAUGCUUCAGCCUGGACCGUUCCUCUUCCUGGUGUUCCUGGCCAUAGUUGGGAGUGUGGCCCUACAGAACAGUGGGCAUCUAGUCUGGGAAUGGCUCUCUCGCACCCACCGCGCCCUAGGCCUACACCGGGUAGCAGAUUCCACCCUCCGGGGCCUGGACCUGAGUACGUCCUGUGUGUCCACUGGCUCAGGGGUCUUGGAGCUGCGCGAAGGCCCAGUGGGAGUGUUUGGACUCCAGGGUCGACGCGCUACCAUGGAGGACCGUUACUCUGUCAUUCAGGAUGUGGAUGUGGGAAGCAAGACUUUGUCCUUCCUUGGUGUGUUCGACGGCCACGGAGGUCAGUACACGGCUGAAUUCGUGAAGGACAACCUCUUCCAAAACACCAUCGACAAGAUCAAACAGCUGUGCAAUCAGAUACCUGCAGCUGGAGGGACGCAAGGUAACAGCGGAAGUGGCAACAGCAACAACAACAACAACAAUAGCAAAAAUAGUGGAAAUGGCGAAACCAAAACCAACACAAAGACACGAGGCUGCAACAACAACGGCAAGGCUGAGAAACGAUGGUCAGUGAGUGAAGACAGCUCAAAGGAGGACGGAGGAACAUGCCCUGCGACACCCACGACCAUCAACAAUAACAACAAUAACAGCAGCAAGGUCAGCACUCCCAAUAACCUAGCAGGGAAGGCGGUGGACUCUCAGAAUGCCCAGGAGAAAAUCACACCCCCUACCGACAAGGAAGGAAAAGGGUCGGAAGCCAAGUCACCCGCAGCAACGACGGGAGUGACGGGAGCAGGCUCAUGCGUAGAGAACCUCUCGUCUUCAUCCGCCAUCCCUUCUACUACUUCUACAACCACCUCACCCUCAUCGUCAUCCAAAGACGACUCGAUACCUCUAAAAAAGGAUGACACUUACGCUACUGUCAACCUACGCCGUUCGUCCCUGAACCCGCCUUCGGGGUCUAAGGAUAAGAAGGAGGAGGCGGCAGGGACGGGAGCGGGUUCGGGCUCAGGGGCAGGGUGUGGGACUCUCAAUGAUUCCAGUUACAUCGAUGUCCUUAACAACAUCAAUUACACACGCCUCCUCACCGACCAAAUCUUGGCUGUGGACCGCCAGGUUGUAGCCCACUGCAAGGCUCGUACCGACAUGUCUGGGUCGACAGCAGUGGUGGCUGUCCUGGAUGGGGAGCUUCUGGUUAUCGGCAACGUGGGAGACUCCCGUGCAGUGAUGGCAGACCUCAAGGGGUCCACCAUACCUCUCUCCUUUGACCACAAGCCUAAUCAACUGAAGGAGCGUCGCCGCAUCAAGGAGGCUGGUGGCUUCAUCAGCUUCACUGGGGUCUGGCGUGUGGCAGGGGUGCUGGCCACCUCUCGUGCCCUUGGUGACUUCCCCCUCAAGGAGCCUCGCCAGCUCAUCACUGCAGAGCCUGAUGUUUUAACUUUCAGCCUUACAGAUCAUAGGGCUCACUUCAUCAUCCUUGCUACGGAUGGACUAUGGGAUGUGAUGAGCAACGAGGAAGCAGUGGCAUUCGUAAGGGACCACCUCCACGAGCCUGACCAUGGUGCCAAGGCUCUCACCAUGCACGCCUUCCACCGUGGUUCGCAGGACAAUAUCACUGUGGCCAUACUUAACGUUAGCAAGCUACUCCGGAAGUGAGUUGACUGCUACAAAGAUCUGUGUGUGUAUCUCUGAACUGCUGGCUCGCACCCAAACACCAAGGAAGUGUUUCAUUGUUACGACCAGACCAUAUCCUCAAGCUCUCUUGGAACAGAUGGGACAGGUGCUCCAGACUAACAGAUAUUCUUCGUGCAAACCUUGCAUUUGUUACUACCUCCAGAUUUCUUUUUCAAUCAUAUUUAUUUUAUGCUGUCAUUUGUUAGGCUCAUGUCUCAAUCAUUCUUAGGGCCAGUCUCACAGUUUCCCACGAUGGGUUAGUAAGCUCCCAAACCAGAGCCUUCGAAGUUUCCUUGUAUAGUGUCUGGUGUAUGUAUUUAAGUUCACAAAUUUUAUGAAACUAUACAGGAAAAGUCUUGUGUAUUUAGUAUGGCAUCGAAGACCUCACCAUUUUGGAUUGUAUGGGAUUCUGUAGUUUGGUGCAGGAUGUUACGAAGACACUGUGUUGGACUGUGAAAUCAGCUCUUCGACACAUUGGAAAGCAUAAAGGUGCUUAUACAUUUCAGUUUUUUUUUCUAUUUUUUAUUAUUUUACUGUAGAUUUUCUAUGAGGAACUUUCCAAAUUCCAAGUAAAUAUUUGGAAGAACUACCUGUUAUUUCCUCUUGCUGGGGCAGAGGAAAAAGCAAUAUGUAUCUUUUUUUGUUGUUGUUGUUGUUCUAAAAGAGCUGUAAGGCCAUAACAUAUUGUUCAAAUAAUGGUUUAAUAAAUUGUUCAGUAAUACAUAAAUAAGAAAUGACUCAUGUAUGUUGCACAGGUCAAUAGGUGCCCAGUUGCCUAGUAAGUGAGGAUAGAGUCACCCACUGGUUGUUGGUUCCAUCUGAUAGGAAUAUGCAAUGCAAAAAUGUCGCUAUAUUGGACAAGAACAUCCACCAGUUACUCGUCUGUAGAUUUGCCGCGCUGGGCUGAUAUGAUUUUCCACCAAAUUUAGUGAAGAACACACUCAGUUGGCAAUCCUGUGAUGCACGCUGUAUGUUUUAUUUGAUUAUGUAAAUUUCAGCUUACGACCACUUUGACUUAUGACCUGCCUGUUGGAACUUAACCUCGUUUUAACUUGAGGACUAUCUGUACACCGGGUAUUCGAUAUACACGAGUUCGAAAUAUGCAAAUUCGCUCAUACGCGACUGAACCUAAUUGAGCAAAAUAUUUGUUUUAUGCGAGAAAAAUUCGCUAUUAUGUGACUGGUUGGUGAGGUAUGGUGUGGCCGACUUGCACUAGAGGGCGACGGGUGCAAAUGUUUUUCCGCACUUUCCUCGCCUAUAAUUAACCUUUUCCACCCACUGAUCUUAAAGAUAAUCCCUAGGUAGCUAAUCAUAAUUAUCAACUUAAAUCGUAGACUUUGGGUGCGUCUUCCCGAAAGGAAUCAGUGUGCUUUAUUAUUGUGAAAUGGUGCCGGAAUAAAUAGUUUGAGGGUUCGAAAACGGGUCGUGGAUCAUAACCCCCUAUAAUUAAUGGGAUGAUAGGUUCGAUAUAUGCAAAUUCACAUGAUGCGAGCUUUUUGUGGAGCGUAAUCCUCGCAUAUAACGAAUACCUCGUGUACUUGAAUCAUCUCAGUAAAGUAUUAUGGUACUCUGCCUCACAGCUCCUUUAGAGAACCAAAGCAAUGCCUCUCCUUCGGCUCCAGCCAGAACAAUUUUAUUUUUUAUUUUUUAUUUAUUAUUAUUUUUUUUACGUGUACGCCUGUUGCGCCGGUAGGCUCUCUUGAGGGGCCUGGAUGGAAGUUGGCCCAAGCCCGUCAUGGCACAGGCAAGUGUUUAUAGUGGCGCCAUCUUCUCUUGGCUCAUGCUGCCCCCCGGAACUCCUACACAUUUGCAAAGUUCCCCAUUCGAGUCAUGUAAAUUUCACCAGUACAUUAUCAUUGUAAGUAAUGUAUUACUUUUCAUUGUACAUAUUAUUUUAAUGGCAUAUUUAUGUAUUAUUCUGAUUUGUUCCUUGUUAAAUGUAAAUUUCAAAUUCACUGCAUGUUCUAUAUCUGCAUUUAUUACUUAAAAGUUUUUUUUAGAUAAUUCUCGUAAUAAGAUUUUACACAAACUAAAUCAGGCACCAUUUUGAUCUUGAAAAGUCCAUUUGUGUGCUGGGAAGGAAUACAUAAAUUGAAAGUCAUCAAUUAUCAGUUAAUAAACUCAACUGAUUUGAGAGAUUUUUCCGUCCCAAGGAUCAGCGAGAAAUAAACUUACUCUCAUCAAGCUUGGCAGGAUGUGAUUGGUAUUUAGGAAAAUAUAUUUAUGGGGUAACCAUUGGGUGUUUGGGUGGGGGAGCAGUCUUGUUUGUAUAUGUGGGGCGUGUUAGGAGGGAGUGUGUUUGGCAGGUAGGGGAAAUUGAGCUGGAUGGAAGCAUUGGAGGGAGGCAGGUAUAUACAGUCAUCCCUCAAAUAGUACGGUUUCCAAUAGUUCUGUUUUUGUGUUUGGCAGGGAGGGGAAAUUGAGCUGGAUGGAAGCAUUGGAGGGAGGCAGGUAUAUACAGUCAUCCCUCAAAUAGUACAGUUUCCAAUAAUUCUGUUUUGGUAUUAUGUGGAUUUUUAUGGAAGAUCUUUUAGGAUUUUUAAAUCUCCCCCUCGUCGGGAAAUUUAAAAAUCCUAAAAAAAUCUUCUUAGAAAAUCCACAUAAAACCAAAACCGAACUAUUGGAAACCGUACUAUUUGAGGGACGACUGUGUGUAUAUAUAUGCACACACAUAUUUUUUUCAUGGGGCAGGGGCGGAAGAUUGGUUCAGAGCUUCAUGUCAGUGCAGUGUCAGGAGCCUCAUAUGCAAUCACCAAUCAUUCACCUACAUUCAGUGUUAUUCAACUAUGGCCACCCAUGUACUCGUAGUCAUCCAUUUGUUGUAUAAGCACCAAACAGUCAUUCAUGUAAUAUAUUGACAGUAUAGUUUAGUCUAUAUACUCAUUUACUGUAAAAGCGGAGUCCUCACAUGCUUCACUGACAUCCAGAUCACCGACACUAGUCAGACUUCAUGAGGAGUGAAUGGCUAUUUAUGAUGUACAGACUGAUGAAUGCUUGCUAGUGUAGGCAAUAGAGGCAAAUAACAUAUUACUAUAGGCAUUGCUACUUAAGUCUCAGAGCAGGAGAGGAAUAUUCAUCAAUGGAAGGAAGUGUUGGGCAGUGUUACAGACCUUAUUUGUGUGUAAGCUUUGUUUUUAUGCUUCAGAAAAAUUGCUGUAGUACAGUAGUCUCUCAACCACAAGUUAUCCCGUCACACACGUAUCUACAGAUCAUUGUCAGUAUUUUUUUCCUUCAUGUGUAGCAUAAAACCCCUUGCAUUUGCAGUGCAUAGGCAUGGAAAAGAAAACCCAUACUGUUUCCAAUGGUAUCAUUACAUGUAAUUAAAUUUUGUCUCUUUUUCUUCUGCCUCAAAUUCGUAUGGAAAAACCUGAAUUAAUUUUAUGGCUGUAAAGGUUAAAUAUGUUAACAAAGCAGAAUAUUUACUUUGUAUCGGUAAUAUUCCUUUUCCUGGUUCCAUGUGUUUGAGAGACCAAGGCAGUUAUUGAGAAAUGCAUUAUUUUAAGUUUUGUCUAUGCCUCUCCACAACCUAUGUGUCUUCAUACCACAUAACAUAAUUUAUAGGUGACAGUGACAUCUUUCCUAAUGCUUAUAGUUAUUCCUUGAAAAUAUUUAAAAAAAUAAAUGAAAUAUUUCAUAGAACCCAUUUCCUGUCAUCUGAUCUCAUGGUGCUCUCUAAGAUGUAUCCAAACAGCAUGAGAGACAGGAUUAAAAUAUCUUUAAACCACCAUCUACUAUAACCCCCAUGAAUCCAAACAUUUAUAUACUUGCUCAGUAGUUGUACCUAAAUUCCCUUGUAACACUAGUUGGUGAAAACUCUGAAAUAUCAUCCCUGCUAUCCUGUGGCACCAUGACAGAGGUUGAAUAUAGCUGAGUAUUGUAGCUCUGUACUUCUUUAGAGUCUGAGAAGAUUGUUACAAAAUCAUGUGUCAUCCAGGGAAAUACUUGAACUGUAGCAAAUAAAAGAAAUACAUAC